AGAGCCCGCCCCCCUCUCUUUCAGGUCCAGACGUCCGACCCCCCUCUCACUGCGCAGGCGCGCUCUUCCCGCCACAUUGACCUUUAAACCUGACGUCACGGUCGUGUUUCGCGCGUAAACACAAAGCGCGGGAGAGUGCGAGGGGGGGCGGGGUCACGUGAUCCCGGGGCCAUUUGAAAAGCUGGAGCGCUAACGUGCUGCCGGGUGUCUCUGUGUUCUGGUUGUCUCCGGUGCUCGGUUCGCUCUGUUGUAUAGUCCCGGUGGUCCGCCGUGCUGUCUGGCUCCUUAUCCCGUCUCUAUAGUCCCCGCACGGCUCCGGUGUUGGCGGGAAAGGCUGCUCUUCCCGCCCUGUGUGAUCUAGCGCUGUACUUUUGUCUUUUAGCUCCGUAUUUUCUCUAGGAGUCUUACCCGGGAUCAUGCCCGCCCAGGCCUCUUCUCCCGCCCUACCUGCUGACGUCAGGAAGCGGCUGAAGGCUUUGGAUACAGAACAGGAUGGACUGUCAGAGAAGGAAUGUGUAGAGCAGAAGCUGAACCUGGUGCUGGAGUACCUAGAAGCAGAUGUAAAGGACAAGCUGUCCAACCUGGAAACCAAGCUGAGCAAAGAGGAGCUCUCUGAGGAAGGUUAUCUGAGGAAAGUGAAGGCUUUGCUUGGGAAAGAACUUGGCGCUGAAAACGGGGUUGUGAAUGGCGAGGCCAAUGGCUGCUCCCCGAAUGGCACUUGUGGCAGCGAUGAGGAGGAUGUAGAGAUGGAGGAAGCAACAACACCUGGCACUAAAGGCCGCAGGGGCCGGAAGAGCAAGAGCAAUGGAGAAAACAAAAAGUCAACUCCUCGUGGGCGACCUGCAAAAAAUGGAGUCAAACAGCAAACCAUCAUGUCUAUGUUCGCCAAAGGUCCAGGCAAGCGUAAGUCUAAUGAUGUCAAUGGUGAAGUGAAAUCUGAAAAGGAAGUGUCCCAAGAAGAGCCAGCUGAAGAGGAGCAAGUAGAGAAGAGGCUGAAAGUAGAAACAAAGCCAGAAGAUGGAACUGUAAAGCCGGAAACUCCAAAGCCUAAAUCCAUUCAAGCACCAAAGACACCACCUCCAAAGUGCAUGGACUGCAGACAGUAUCUGGAUGACCCCGAUCUCAAGUACUUCCAGGGUGACCCAGACGAUGCGCUGGAGGAGCCAGAAAUGUUAACAGAUGAGCGCUUAUCACUAUUUGAUGCCAAUGAAGAUGGAUUUGAGAGCUACGAGGAUCUUCCUCAGCAUAAAGUUACCUGCUUCAGCGUUUAUGACAAGAGGGGGCAUCUCUGUCCUUUUGACUCGGGCUUGAUCGAGAAGAACGUAGAGCUCUACUUCAGUGGUGUUGUGAAGCCGAUCUAUGAUGACAAUCCCUCUCUGGAUGGAGGAGUAAGGGCAAAGAAACUUGGACCCAUUAACGCUUGGUGGAUAACCGGCUUUGAUGGAGGAGAAAGGGCUCUGAUUGGGUUCACAACAGCAUUUGCGGAUUAUUUCCUAAUGGACCCCAGUGAAGAGUUCAGUCAGAUCUUUGCCGUAAUGCAAGAGAAGAUCUAUAUGAGCAAAAUAGUGGUGGAAUUUCUCCAGAACAAUCCAGAUGUUCCCUAUGAAGAUCUGCUCAACAAGAUCGAGACCACUGUCCCGCCAUCAGGACUGAACUUCAACCGCUUCACCGAGGACUCUCUUCUGAGACACGCACAGUUUGUGGUGGAGCAGGUGGAGAGUUAUGACGAUGCUGCCGACAGCGAUGAGCAGCCGGUCAUUAUUACCCCCUGUAUGAGGGAUCUCAUCAAACUUGCUGGCGUCACACUGGGAAAGAGGCGUGCAGUGAGGAGACAAGCGAUAAGACAUCCCACAAAGAUCGUAAAGGAUAAGGGACCCACAAAGGCCACCACAACCAGACUGGUGUACCAGAUUUUUGACACUUUCUUCUCUGAACAGAUUGAGAAUAAUGACGACAAGGAGAACUCUAAGCGCAGGCGCUGUGGUGUUUGUGAGGUAUGCCAACAACCAGACUGUGGCAAAUGUAAAGCUUGCCAAGACAUGUUGAAGUUUGGAGGAACCGGACGCAAUAAGCAGGCUUGUCUGCAGAGGAGGUGUCCAAACUUGGCUGUUAAAGAGGCCGAUGAAGAUGAGGAGCUGGACGACAACAUCCCUGAAAUGCCUUCUCCCAAGAAGAUCCUGCAGGGCCGCAAGAAGAAACAGGAGAAAAAGAACAGAAUAUCUUGGCGUGGGGAGCCUGUCAAGGUUGAAGGGAAGAGAGAAUAUUAUCUCAAAGUAUCUAUUGAUGAUGAUAUCCUGGAAGUUGGUGACUGUGUAUCCGUGAGCCCCGAUAACCCCACAGAGCCUCUGUAUCUGGCAAGGAUUACGUCCAUGUGGGAAGAUGUCAAUGGUCCAAUGUUCCACGCGCACUGGUUCUGCCUGGGUACAGACACCGUCCUGGGAGCUACAUCCGAUCCUCUGGAGCUCUUCCUUGUGGAUGAAUGUGAGGACAUGCAGUUGUCUUACAUCCAUGGCAAGGUCAAUGUGGUCUACAAAGCUCCUUCCGAAAACUGGUUUAUGGAGGGUGGAGUAGACCAAGAAGACACUAUAGUGGAAGACGAUGGAAAGUCCUACUUUUACCAGUUGUGGUAUGAUCCUGAAUAUGCACGUUUUGAGACUCCACCAAAGGUGACACCAGUGGAGGACAACAAGUACAAGUUCUGUACCAGCUGUACUCGGCUUGCAGAAAUAAGGCAGAGGGAGAUGCCCAGGGUUUUCGACAUUGCUGAUGACUUUGACGGAAAAGUCUGCUACAACACCGCCACAAAGAACGGUGCCCAGUACAAGAUUGGUGAUGGAGUCUUACUCCUCCCGGAUGCUUUCAACUUCAGUGUCAAAUUGGGCAGUCCUGUGAAAAGGUCUCACAAGAAAGAGGACGUUGAUGAGGAUCUGUAUCCCGAGUAUUACCGCAAGUCCUCUGACUACAUCAAGGGAAGCAACUUGGAUGCCCCAGAGCCAUUCAGACUAGGCCGCAUCAAGGAAAUCUACUGCAACAAGAGGAGCAAUGGAAAACCCAAUGAGUCUGACAUCAAACUGCGGGUGUACAAGUUCUACAGGCCUGAGAAUACCCACAAGGGCUUGAAGGCGAGUUACCAUGCAGACAUUAACUUGGUGUACUGGAGCGAUGAAGAAGCUGUGGUGGACUUCAAAGACGUGCAGGGUCGGUGUUCAGUAGAAUACGGUGAAGAUCUAUUCGAGUCUAUUCAGGAAUACACUGCUGGAGGAUCGGACAGAUUCUACUUCCUAGAGGCUUAUAAUGCAAAAGCAAAGAGCUUUGAAGAUCCACCUAACCAUGCCCGCACAUCCAUGAACAAAGGAAAAGGGAAGGGUAAAGGAAAAGGAAAGGGAAAAAUGUCGUCCGCACAGUCUGAAGAGAGGAGACCAGAGGAUCACUUACCUAAACUCCAGACUCUGGAUGUGUUCUCUGGCUGUGGUGGUCUGUCUGAAGGCUUCCAUCAAGCAGGAAUAGCCGAGACAAAGUGGGCAAUUGAGAUGUGGGACCCAGCUGCACAAGCUUUCAGGCUGAACAAUCCAGGUACAACAGUGUUCACGGAGGACUGUAAUGUUCUGCUGAAACUGGUCAUGUCAGGGGAGAAGACCAACUCUCUGGGCCAGCGGCUGCCUCAGAAGGGUGACGUUGAGAUGUUGUGUGGAGGCCCGCCCUGUCAAGGCUUCAGCGGGAUGAACAGGUUCAACUCCAGAACUUACUCUAAGUUCAAGAACUCCUUGGUGGUUUCUUACCUCAGUUACUGCGACUAUUACCGACCCAAGUUCUUCCUGCUUGAAAACGUCAGGAACUUUGUGUCAUUCAAGAGUUCUAUGGUGUUGAAACUAACCUUGCGCUGUCUUGUCCGAAUGGGUUACCAGUGUACUUUCGGAGUGCUGCAGGCCGGUCAGUAUGGUGUGGCACAGACUCGUAGAAGAGCCAUUGUCCUUGCUGCCGCCCCAGGAGAGAAGUUGCCCAUGUUCCCGGAGCCCUUGCAUGUGUUUGCACCUCGUGCCUGCCAAUUGAAUGUAGUGGUGGAUGAGAAGAAAUACGUCAGCAACAUUACAAGGACAAACUCCAGCCUCUUCAGAACAAUCACAGUGCGGGAUACAAUGUCAGACCUGCCUGAAAUCCGUAACGGAGCCUCUGCCCUCGAAAUUUCCUAUAAUGGUGAGCCACAGUCAUGGUUCCAGAGACAGAUCCGAGGCUCACAAUAUCAGCCAAUCCUCAGGGAUCACAUAUGCAAGGAUAUGAGCGCCCUUGUAGCUGCCAGAAUGAGGCACAUACCCCUCGCUCCUGGCUCAGACUGGCGAGAUCUCCCCAACAUCGAGGUUCGCUUAUCUGAUGGCACCACCACCCGCAAACUAAGAUACCCUCACAGCGACAAGAAGAACGGACGCAGCAGUACUGGAGCUCUACGGGGUGUCUGUUCCUGUGCUGAAGGUAAACAGUGUGACCCUGCAGACCGUCAGUUCAACACACUCAUCCCCUGGUGUCUGCCACACACUGGCAACAGGCACAAUCACUGGGCGGGCUUGUACGGCAGGUUGGAGUGGGACGGUUUCUUCAGCACCACAGUAACUAACCCUGAGCCCAUGGGUAAACAGGGUCGCGUCCUUCAUCCAGAGCAGCACCGUGUGGUAAGUGUACGAGAGUGUGCCCGAUCUCAAGGCUUCCCAGACACCUACAGACUGUUCGGAAACGUCUUGGACAAACACAGACAGGUGGGUAAUGCCGUACCACCACCGCUGUCAAAAGCAAUCGGUAUGGAGAUCAAAGCCUGCGUCUUGGCAAAGCUCAAAGAGAGAGAAACCGACAUUGUAAAGCAGGAGAAGAUGGAAAUGGAUUAACUUCAUCAUGAACGCUACCUCUACGGCACUUCUAGGUCCAUCCUUAUUUUAUUUUCUACAUCUGUGCACUGCAGACAUCCGCUUGGUUCAGCCCCUCUUGUGGCCUUAUCUGGCUUUUUAGCUUGAACCAGAGUGUUUUUUGCUAAAAUGUUUUUAUUACAAACAUCAACUUUUAUUCAAUGUACUGCGUUUUAUCCACUUUGUAUCUGUGGAAAUCCUAAGUAGGUUUUAUAUGUUGUAAUAUUUCCAAUAAAAAAAACUUUU